AGUUUCCUAUGUUAACUUCCGGAAUAAGCAACUGAACCAGAAGUGCUGGCUCCGUCUCGUCUCGUCUCAUGCAAUGUAAAUAAUAAAUGAAUUCUCGUUCAAGCUGUUCGGCUGUUUCUUUGAGAACGAAUAAACAUUAACUACUAAACGGACCCAGUUUUAAAUUAAAGCACGCUACAUUUUUAGUAGCGGAGGAUUAAAGUGACCAUGGUGUAACCUCUGUUAUUCUGCACAGCUGCUGACCAGUCCAAAGUUCAUCAGUGCAGGUUAAACAAAAACUCACUGACCAAGCUUCGAUGGCAUCCUGUCCGACAAACAUCCAUCACCUCAGGCUGAACAGUGAAACGUGGAAAAGCCUCGAGCGCUGACUGAAGAAUGGCGAGGUUCAGACGUAAAUUUUGCAUUGCGUUGAUCACUCUGGUGUUGCUUGUGCUCAUAGUAACGGUGGUCUUGAAGGCGCUCACGCCAGAGGACUCCGCGUUCGGCAGCCCUGAUGGCGUGGAGCUCAAUCAGAUCCAGAGAGAUGACCGUAAAGCCGAGCAGACCAGAAUGAAUGACUCUCCUCAGCCAGGCAAAGAUGCUCAGCUGGAGGCUACACUGAGGAAGUUCCCUCCUCCAAACUACUAUGUCCACGUCUUCUACUACACGUGGUAUGGGAACCCAAAGUUUGAUGGGAAAUACAUCCACUGGGACCAUCCUCAGCUGCCACACUGGGACUCUAAGGUGGCUCAGGGGUAUCCACAGGGGAGGCACAUCCCACCUGACGACAUCGGGGCCAACUUCUACCCCUCUUUAGGGGCUUACAGCUCCAAGGACCCCUCUGUUAUUGAGGCUCAUAUGCAGCAGCUACGCAUAGCAGCCAUUGGUGUCAUCGCUGUUUCCUGGUAUCCUCCGAACAUGAAGGAUGAUAACGGUGAUCCAACAGAUGUCUUGGUGCCUUUACUGAUGGAAGUGGCACAUAAAUACCACAUUAAGGUCAUUUUCCACAUUGAACCAUACAAAGGAAGAGAUGAAGUCAACAUGUUCACUAAUGUCAAAUACAUCAUAGACAAGUACGGAGAGCACCCUGCUUUCUUCAAGUACCGGACAAACACUGGCAAGCUGCUCCCGCUCUUCUACGUGUAUGACUCGUAUCUGAUGAACUCUGAGCAAUGGGCCAAGCUGCUCAAACACACCGAGAGCAACAGCAUCAGGGACACGCCGUAUGAUGCCAUCUUCAUCGCUUUGCUGGUCGAAGAGAAACACAAGAGGGACAUCCUGACUGCUGGUUUUGAUGGUCUGUAUACUUACUUUGCCACUAAUGGGUUUUCCUAUGGAUCCACUCAGAAGAACUGGGAUUCUAUUAAAGCAUUCUGCGAAGACAACAACCUGAUAUUCAUCCCGAGUGUGGGUCCAGGGUACAUCGACACGAGCAUCCGACCCUGGAACUUCCAAAACACCCGAAACCGCAUCAACGGCAAGUAUUAUGAAACCUCUCUGAGUGCCGCGUUGCAAGCCCGUCCCGACUUCAUCUCGAUCACAUCUUUUAACGAGUGGCACGAGGGCACUCAGAUUGAGAUGGCGACUCCCAAAACGAGCCUGACUGUUUACCUGGACUACCUGCCCAAUAAGCCUGCAAUCUACCUAGAGAUAACUCGCAAGUGGGCUGCCAUAUUUGGCGGUGAGCGACGAAAAUGGCAGGAAUGAUGCGGCUGUAAGCCAUUGCAAAUGUUUAUUUAUGGUGGUAUAAAAUAAUAACAAGAAGAGUAAAUGAAGUUAAGACCGCACAACAAACUGAAUAUUUAGAUGAGUUCAGCCGAAUGAUUGACAAAGCUGCAGGCAAGUGGACGAGAUUGUCUUUAUUUGGGCUGUGGUGAUGUAUGUGAUUUCAUUCCACUUGAAUUAAUUGGUUUAACCGGCGUCAUAUUUUUCUUGUUUACACAAUCAGUAUGAUAAGUCACCGUCUCCACUGUGCACGGCUGAAACUGUGGAAAGGCAUGUUCAGGUGUUCCUGUAAUCUGUGACUGUAUUAAACCUUAAUAGAAAGGAAUCAGAUGCACCCUGUAAAGAAAAAAAGAGUGAAAGACACAAAUAAACAAAGCAGUCUGCCGGUGAAAA